AUGAGGAGAGACGACAGAGAGUUUUCUGCGUCUGGUCCAGCAGAGACAGCAGAUGCGUCCUCCGUCUCUGAGGCCUCAAAUGAGCUCGCCACUGCCCUCGCUGCAGGGGCCAUUAUGGAGGUUGAGCGCCCUAUUGAGGAGCCUCAGGUUGACAUCUCCUCGGUGCAGUUUUUGGAGGCACCAGAAACAUCACCGAGAGCUUCUGUGCCUGAGAACGGGGAACCCACCACAUCCCCAGUCCUCAAGAGCCAGAUUGAGCCGUCUGGAGCUCCCGGAUAUGCUGAGUCUGACACCCCGGGCUACCUCUUUUUCGGAUAUGAAAACCCCACGCCUGCUUUGACCCUACCUGCGUCUUCUGACAAUGGAGACGUGUGUCAGAUGGCUUCAGCGAAGCCUAAAGAUCCGAAAAGAUUUCGAAGAUUUUCGAGGUGUCGCCGGUCUCCCACUCUGCUGAAGAUAAGGGAAGCAUGGCUUAAAGCAUUUGCAGACCACAUGCCUCUUCAGAACCAGCAGCAUGUGGAGCUUGUAGCCAGUAGGGGACAAAAUCAGAUCCCUGAGGAGCAGCAACAGGAUGAACCUGGAAGACUUCAGCAGAGAGAUUUGAAUGAAAUAAUCCAUGAGCUUCUGUCUGGUCUUCAGUCUGCUCGUCCUCUCAGAACAACGAGAGAACCGGAUGAAGCAUUUGUGAAUCAGAUGCCUCAUCAGAACCAGCAGCAUGAGGAGGUUGUGGCCAGUAGGGGACAAAAUCAGAUCCCUGAACCACAGCCUGAGGAGCAGCAACAAGAUGAACCUGAAAGACCUCAGCAGAGAGAUUUAGUAGUGAAUGGAAGAGUCCGUGGGGUUCUGCGUGGUCUUCAGUCUGCUCGUCCUCUCAGAAGAAUGAGACAAUUGGAUGAAGCAAUUGUGAACCACAUGCCUGAUCAGAACCAGCAGCAUGUGGAGGCUGUAGCCAGUAGGGGACAAAAUCAGAUCCCUGAACCACAGCCUGAGGAGCAGCAACAGGAUGAACCUGAAAGACCUCAGCAGAGAGAUUUAAUUGUGAAUGGAAGAGUGCGUGGGGUUCUGCGUGGUCUUCAGUCUGCUCGUCCUCUCAGAAGAAUGAGGGAACAGGAUGAAGCAUUUGUGAAUCAGAUGCCUCAUCAGAACCAGCAGCAUGAGGAGGUUGUGGCCAGUAGGGGACAAAAUCAGAUCCCUGAACCACAGCCUGAGGAGCAGCAACAGGAUGAACCUGAAAGACCUCAGCAGAGAGAUUUAGUAGUGAAUGGAAGAGUGCGUGGGGUUCUGCGAGGUCUUCAGUCUGCUCGUCCUCUCAGAAGGAGGAGGGAACAGGACGACAUUGUUAAUCUCCAGAACCCUCCUCUCCGGCCCCCUCUUGCUGGUCCCCCACCUACCUACAUUCGCAGGAUGGUGGUGGGCAACAAUGGAGAUUUUGCACGCCAUUGAUGAGGAAACUGAAAGAUCAGCCUCAAAGAUGAACAAAUAAAUCAAUAAAGACAUUUUUAAAGUGCAGAGUUCUGGAAUUAUAUUUAUGCUUUAAAGAGCAUCUUGUCCAUGCCACAGCCUACCUGAGUAUUGUUACUGACCAUGUCCGUCCCUUUAUAACCACAGUGUAUGACCAUACGUGUGGGUUUCCUCUGGUUUCUCCCACAGUCCAACAACAUGCGCUAUAGGUGAAUUGAAUAAACUAAAUUGGCUGUUGUGAGUGUAUGGGUGUUUCUCAGUACUGGGUUGCAGGUGGAAGGGUGUCCCCUGUGUAAAACAUAUUGGAAAAAUGACAUCGCAAUAUUUUGCUUUGCUGUGAUAUACAGUACAGUUAGGUUCAUAAAGAUUUGGAAAUCGACACAAUUCUAAUAUUUUUGGCUCUAUACACUAACACAAUGGAUUUAAAAUUAAACGAACAAGAUAUGCUUUAACUGCAGACUGUCAGCUUUAAUUUAAGGGUAUUUACAUCCAAAUUAGGUGAAUGCUGUAGGAAUUACAGCGGUUUAAAUAUGCCAUGUUCAAAGUCUCUUAAAUCACCUUUCUUCCCCAUUCUGAUGCUCAGGUUGAACUGCAGCAGAUUGCCUUGACCAUGUCUUCAUGCCUACGUGAAUUGAGUUGCUGUCGUGUGAUUGGCUGAUUAGAAAAUUGCGUUAUCGAGCAGUCGGACAGGUGUACCUAAUAAAGUGGCCGGUGAGUGUAUCUAUGCCGUAUAUAGCAGCCGUCAGAUUUUUUUUACUCACCUUGCAAUGUGAUAUGAAAUUGUCACCAGUAGAUGGAGGAAAAAAGGAUGUGAAUGAAAAUGUGCAUUUUGAAGCUUUUUUAGUAGAAAAAAUCUCAGUUAUAAAAUGGGUAGUUCAUGUUGUUGAUUCUGAGUUUGUCAUUGAUUCUGCAACUUUUGCUUUGGGAAACAUUCUGCUAUCAGUAUUGUGCCAAAGAAACCUUUAUUUGUUUCAUUUCUUUUGUUUUAUUUGUGUGAAACCUUGCUGCUUUUAGGAAUUAAGCAUGAAGCUGUGGUUUUUAGGGAAUUUAUAUUGGUACAGUACAUCACUCCACAUAAAUCCCCCUUUUAAAUUCAUUGAAUUGUUGCUUCUUUUGGCUUUCUGCUUUAUUUUUUUUUCCGAAUCCUCACUUUAAGCCCAAAGUCACUUUAUUUUUAAAUUUAUGUGUAGCUAUUUAAAUAAAUAAAUAAAUAAAAGCUUUUUGGAGCUCUUUCUCUCUGGCUCUUUUGGUCAGAUCAGACUUUGGACAACAGCAAAUGGUUGAUUCUAGCUAGAAUUUGAGCUAGCCGGCAGCUAACUCUCUGCAACUCUUACAUGGCCGCCCACUGAAGCUAAGUAGGGCUGUGCCUGGUCAGUACCUGGAUGGGAGACCACAUGGGAAAGCUACGUUGCUGCUGGAAGUGGUGUUAGUGAGGCCGACAGGGGGCACUCAACCUGCGGUCUGUGUAUAGUAAUGCCCCAGUAUAGUGAAGGGGACACUAUUCUGCUCAGUGAGCGCCUUCUUUUGGAUGAGAUGUUAAACUGAGUUCCGACUCUCUGUGGUCGUUAAAAAUCCCAGGAUGUCCUUCAAAAAAGAGUAGGGGUUUAACCCCGGCAUCGUGGCCAAAUUUGCCCACUGGCCUCUGUCCAUCAUGGCCUCUUAACCAUCCCCAUAUCAUAACUGGCUUCAUCACUCUGUCUCCUCUCCACCAAUCAGCUGGUGUGCGGUCUGGCACAAUAUGGCUGCCGUCAAGUCAUCCAGGUGGAUGCUGAACACUGGUGGUGGAUGAGGAGAUUCCCCCCAUUGUGUCAAGCGCUUUGAGUGUCCAGAAAAGCGCUAUAUAAAUGUAAAGAAUUAUUAAUUUCCUAAAAUAAAAUGCAGCAAAAAAACGUUUUUUUUUAAGUCAGUACUGAUAUCAGAAGCAGCAAUCACCGUCUGUCUGUAGAAUAUUUUACAAAGGCCUAGAACGCAGCUCAGCCAGUCAGAAUCAAGGACCGGAACAAUUUGAUUUAUUAUUAACUAUGGCCAAAAAAAGCUGUGGUGGUGUCCUGAUCAUGUCUUUUUUUGUUACUUGAUACAAAAACAUUUUGCAUUAUUGAAAUCUUAUUAAGCAACACAUUAUCUUAUUUAAAAAAAAAAAAGAAGCUAACAUUAAAUGUAAUUAUUAGUUACAUAACCAGUGCUUGAGCAACACUUGGGGUCUGUCAGUAGUGUGACUGUCUGCCUCACUUUUGUCAAAAAAGGCGGAGGUGAAAGAAAAUUUCAUAUAGUAUGUGGCCAUUAUGAAGUAACAUUCUAAUGAACUCUAAUAAAUGCUACAGAGUUGAUCUGUAGCUGAUUCCCUUUCUUUAACACCUUAUUUUGAUAAUAACAUGAAUACACAAUUGGUGAAUGAAUG